CAAAUGUGCUAGAACUGGACCAAACUAUUGCAACGACAAAACAGACAAAUUAUCAGCAGGUUUUAGAACUCCAUUUGCUUGUACUGUUGAUCCAAACAAUGGAGAUGUCUACCUUGUUGACUAUUUCAAUCACAUGGUAAGAAGAAUUGAUGUAACUACAAACAUCUCUUCAAUUUUUGUUGGUACAGGAUCAACCACUGGUUCUAACACCAAUUACAAUGGAUUGGAUGCAUUGCAUUCUACAGUCGCUCUCAAUUCACCAAUUUCUGUGCUCGUUGACUCUACUUUUGUCUAUAUUACUGAUUCCAUGAACCAUUGCAUCAGAAAGAUAAACAAGAUUUCCAAUCUUGUUUAUACUCAUGCAGGUUCUUGUGGGACAUCUGGUUCCACCAAUGGAAAUACACCAACAGCUGCCAGAUUUAACAAUCCAUAUGGUAUGGCUUUAGCUGCCGAUGGUACCAUGUUUGUUGCUGAUAAAGCAAACCAUAUCAUUAGAAGAAUUAAUCCUGAUGGAAGUGUUGAGCUAUACGCUGGUACAGUCGGUACCCAAUGUCCUUCUGCAACAGCUUCUCCUGCUUGUGGAGAUGGUAGCGAUCGUUUAAGUGUAACAUUCACCAAUCCAAACGCUGUUAUUGUUGAUUCCAAUAACAAUGUAUACGUUUUUGAUUAUGGAAACUUUAGAAUUAGAAAGAUUGAUAACUCAACCGGCUUGGUCUCUACGUUGGUUGGUACAGGUGCGUCAACAGGUGGUGUUACUGGUGGCCCAGGUGGUCAUGGUCAAGUUGGUACAUCUGUGAUUAUUUCAGCAUCGUCUAAUACAUUUCAACCUUUGGAAAUUGUUGGAAAUAGACUCCUCUUCCAUGAUAAGACAAUUAGUCGUGUUCGUCAAUUUGAUUUGAAUACUCGCAUUGUAACCUCAAUAGUUGGCUCAGGUGUUGGAUUUGCAACUGGUGUUGGAUUACCAUUAAUUAACUCUAGAUUUUCCUCAUCACCAGUCAUGCAAUUUGAUUCAAUUGGAACUCCUUAUAUUUUUACUGGAAGCAAUCCAUCUUUGUUACUCACUGUUACACCAAGUGGUAUUGUAAAAAGAUUGGCAGGUG